UCUGCUUAUACUUGCUUCUUGACACUUCUGUGUUCACGAGCAACCAAACAAACCACAACCAUGGUGCAUCUGAGUGGAGAGGAGAAGUCCUGUGUCACCGGCCUGUGGGGCAAGGUGAACGAAGAUGAAGUCGGUGGUGAGGCCCUGGGCAGGCUGCUGGUUGUCUACCCCUGGACCCAGAGGUUCUUUGACAGCUUCGGUGACCUGUCUUCUGCCUCUGCCGUCAUGGGCAAUCCUAAAGUGAAGGCCCAUGGCAAGAAGGUGAUCCACUCCUUGGGUGAAGGCAUUGCCAAUGUGGACAACCUCAAGGGCACCUUUGCUAAGCUGAGUGAGCUGCACUGUGACAAGCUGCACGUGGAUCCUGAGAACUUCAGGCUCCUGGGCAAUGUGCUGGUGUGUGUGCUGGCACGCCACUUUGGCAAGGACUUCACCCCUCCCGUGCAGGCUGCCUUCCAGAAGGUUGUUGCUGGUGUGGCCAGUGCCCUGGCUCACAAGUACCAUUAAAGUCUUUACUCCUUCCCAAAGAUCAUGAAUCUCCCCAACCCCCUUGCUGUGGAACCUCUCUUUUGAAUUUGGGAAAAUGUUAACCAUCUCUAAAGAUGAGGCUUCUGCAUAAUAAAGAAAUUCAGCUCA